AUGGCGAGCAGUUACUUCCAGGAGAGGUCCACUCCCGCUUCGCCAGACCUCCUGUCGCCGGCCACGCCCUCUAUCGGGGUCUCGUCCCGAACCUCCAAUGCUCUAUCCAGCAGGAUCACCAGCGUCCUGUCGGCAUCAUAUGCUGACCUCGAUAUUCGAGAUGCCUUGGAGACGCUCAAUGGCAGGGGCAUUCGCAAUACCGCCGAGACAAGGCGGCAGUUGAGGCUAGAUGUCCAGAAAGAGGUUAUCCAAUGCAACGGUGACAUCGUGAAAGAUUUCGGUCAAGUCGCAGAGCAACUGAAAAGAAUUGGGGCGGCGAUCUCGAAUCUGAACCAGAGCUGUGCGGACCUUCGUGGGCACAUUUCUGCGGCAAAUCAGGAGACUGGCCCUGUUCUGGAGGAGGCAACCAGCCUUAUGAAUCAAAGAAAGCAAGUUGAGAUGAAGCAGCGUGUGCUGGAUGCAUUCAGUUCGCACUUUGUCAUAACCGAAGAGGAAGCUACCGCAUUGACCUCCACCGCCGAGCCUGUGGACGAGGAAUUUUUCCAGACCCUUACCAGGGCAAAGAAGAUUCAUUACGACUGCCAAGUGCUUUUGGGGACCGAGGAUCAGCGACUUGGCCUUGAGAUUCUCGAGCAAAGCUCCAAGCAGCUGAAUUCAGCCUUUCAAAAGUUGUACCGCUGGAUUCAGCGUGAGUUCAAGACCCUGGACCUAGAGAAUCCUCAGAUCAAUGCCUCCAUACGAAGGUCUCUGCGAGUGCUGGCAGAGCGGCCAACGCUAUUCCAAAGCUGUUUGGACUUCUUCGCCGAAGCGCGGGAAAAUAUACUAUCAGAUUCAUUUUACACCGCCCUCACCGGCUCCGCUGCGGAUUUGCAGAGCUUGUCGUCCAUGAAGCCAAUCGAGUUCCAUGCUCACGACCCCCUCCGAUAUGUGGGGGACAUGCUUGCUUGGGCACAUUCAGCCACUGUCUCAGAGAGAGAAGCACUCGAGGUCUUGUUUAUCUCGGAGGGCGAUGAGAUUGCCCGCGGAAUUCAAGCAGGUCUAGAAAGCGAACCUUGGUCCCGACUGGAAGGCGACGAGGAAAUAUUCGACGGCCGCAAAGCCUUAAACCAACUUGUCAGUCGCGAUCUUACAGGAGUUGCACGACUGUUGCGACAACGAACCGAACAAGUCAUACAGAGUCACGAAGAUGCAACUCUUGCGUACAAAAUUGCGAAUCUCAUUGCUUUUUAUAAGAACACCUUCUCACGGCUACUCGGCAAUGACUCCGAGGUCCUCGAUGUCUUUACCGGACUGGAGGAAUCGGCAAUGAGGCAAUUCCGUGCAAACAUGAGAGACCAUGUUGCUGCUGUUCAGAGCGACCUUGCAGUUGCUCCGGAUGACUUGUCACCGCCAGAAUUCCUUGAAGAUGCACUUCAAAUGCUCAAGACAUUGGCAAAGAGCUACGAUACAUCCAUUGCCGCAACCGACGAACGAGACAACGGGUUCCAAGCCGUACUGUCCGAAGCCCUUGACCCGUUCCUGAGUGGCUGCGAGAACCUAUACAAAAGACUCGCCGACCCGAAGAACGACAUAUUUGCCAUUAACUGUUUAUUAGCGGCUAAGAACAUCCUUGCACCUUACUCAUUCGCGAGUGAUCGCAUCAGCGAGAUAGAAGAUACUAUCGGCGAGCACUCCGCUAAGCUGGUAGAGUCUCAGCAUCGAUACUUGACAUACGAAUCUGGCAUUGACGUCUUGCUCAACGCAGUCAGCGAAAUGUCUGACUCAGCGGAAGACAUAUCAUCUCUUGCUUCACUGGAGCCUUUUAAGCCCGAACACCUGAUUGCCACAAGCCAGCAGCUAGAUGACUUCCUUCCCUCGGCGCUUAUGGACGCGGCAGAAAAUAUCAAAAGGCUGAGGAACUCGAGAAUGGUUCAGAAAAUCACGGAGGAAGCAGCAGACAAGUUCUGCGAGGAUUUCGAGUUCCUGGAAAGUAAGAUUAUAGCAGCGGAUGAGUUGCUGGAUGACGAAAGUGAAUCGGAAGAUCAGGCAGUGGUGAGGCUAAGGGAUAUUUUCCCUCGCACGAGCGAUGAAAUUCGGGUUCUUCUAAGCUAG